AUGACGUUCCAUAGGAUAUGUCUUGGAUGGGUUAGAAUUUUGAUUCUGACUGCCUCCUUAUUGUUCAACUACAUUGUUGUCGCAAAUGAAGAUUUGGAACCAUUUGUGGACAAAGUGGAACCGCAUGUUGGGAGUGCCGGUGGUGAAUCGCUCAUUACAAUCUAUGGGGGAGUCUUUGCUAAGAAUCAGUUCAACUUCAAUCCUGGCGAGGAACAUCUUGGCAACAGUGUCACUCUGGUAUCUGAUAAACAAGCCUACCCUUGCAAGGUUCACAAAGAUGGAUGUACAGAGACACGCAUACAAUGCUACACCCCGCAACUUGAGCCAGGGCAUUAUUUCGUGAGGGUCGCGAUAGAUGGUGUGAAGAUUUCUGACUCUAAACUAUGUAGAGGAGAUGUGAACGGCUAUAGAUGUCUCUUUGAAGUCAGACGUCACAACUUUUCUCCUACCAUAUCCUCCGUUUCACCAAGAUCUGGUCCACCAGGAACUGUAGUAACUAUGAGAGGGAAACUGUUUACGGAUAGAUACGGUAGCGACAAAGAGGCCGGCUCGAAUGGUAACACCGCUGAUAUCAGGCGUGUAUUCUUUGGCGGACAGAAGUGUGAGCUCAAGAUGGAAGACCCCGUUACGAAGGAGUUGACUGACGAAAUGUACAACCUAUCAUUAGACUUUGUUGAUAGAAAUGAUGAUGGGAUAACGGAUUCUAACAUGGGUUCAAUGACGUGUAAGCUCCAGGGGUCUUACGUGGGCAGCAUCAAUGGAAGUUUCAUAGUCUCAUCACCUUACGGGGGAUCCCUUGCCUCAUUGGAGGCCCUACGUGUCACAUCAAAUGACAAGAUUUCCAUGUUUCAAACGUAUGCAGAGGUGAUAGGGGUGUCCCCAAGUAGUGGCAGCAUCGCUGGUGGAACUGUUAUCACCAUCACGGGAAAGAACUUUGAUGACACGAAUGCGCCACCAUAUGUUGAUAUUGCAGGUUCUUUAUGUGAAGUUCUGUCUCAGACAGACACGGAGAUUGUAUGCGUGACAGGACUACAACCCUCUGCAUUUUCCCUUUACCCUGGUAACAGGGGCAUAAAGAAAGAAUUAUGGAAAAAUACAAAUAUACAUUUUGAUGACCUUGCCUCGGUGUCCAGCUUCACAGACACGAACCCAACAGAUGAGUACACCAUUGAGUGGUUAGAUGAGGCUCGCUUCUUUGAGGAUGAAUUGGACUCAUUUGUCACACGUAUGCGAGGAUUCUUCGUCCCUUCCAUUGACAGUGACUUUAAGUUUUUCCUCAAGUCAGAUGAUUCCUCUAGACUUUAUCUGAGUACCUCAGAGAAUCCAAGUGACAAGGUCGAAAUAGCAUAUGCAACUCGCCAGUGGAAUUGGUAUGACCGCGAAGAGUCGCAACAGUCGCAAAGAGUUUCCCUGCAAGGGGGACAAAAAUACUACAUAGAGGUCUUGCAACAGGAGCAUGCGGCUCAGGCUAGGGUUCAGGUAGCAGCUAUGAUGUAUACAACUCGCUUCACAGGUCAACAGUCGGGAGACGUUAUAGCUGAGAAGCAGAUAGUAAUGACAAACUCUGUGGCUUUGCAGGAACAACAGUCGAUAGAGUUGCAAAACUGGGCACCCAAGACAUCAGUCAGUGAGGUACAGAAGGUAACGGUGGGUGCUCUACAGGGAGUAAUCAGACUAGGAAUGGACGGUGUAUAUACAGUUCCCAUUGAUAUUGGGCAACCUAAUGCUGGCGAUAUGAUGAUGAUUCAACUCAACAGGCUUAUUACAAUCUCACCUGAUGGCACGUCUGUCUCCGUCAAUGUAGGCACAUCGACUAUGGAGUUUACAAUUACUUUCAAUUCUGAAAGAGGUGAUCUACCACUGUUAACAUAUCGGACAACUGGUGGUAUCAGUAUUACAGUAACUGAAGUAAUGAAGGGGCAGUCAAGUCUUGAAAAGUUCCAACUAGAACUAUUUGGCGUGCCUUCUGCAUUGGUCACAGUAGGAGCAUCGGCAGGCAUGGUGGCUGAUGCUUUAACAACGCUAAACUCUCUUAGAUGCCCUGACUACAUCGUGAAACCAUCCAGGAAAUUCUACUUUCAAGAUUAUGAAGGAGAUGAAAGGGUACUUGGUGAACGAUCUACCGAAAAUCCAUUUUGUGGUAAAACAGUAGUACAGAGUCCACACAUAAUUUUCCAAGAUUACAAAAGUCCGUUUGAAUUAUCAAGUGGUGUCAAAUAUUUAUGUUUUGCUUAUCGUGGUCUGUUGCAUAAUGCUGUCUUAAUCGACAUCGACUAUAUGGAAAAUUCCUCUCCCUUGUCGAAAACUGUAAGGAUUGAACAUGAAUUUUAUGCCGAAGAAGACAUAGAUUUUAAAAGCUGGAAGUACACAUGUUUGGACAUGUUGUCUCCUUUGCAAAUAGCCGAACCAGAUGGCAGUCAGUUCAAGGGCACGCGAUUGCGCGUAUUCACAGACAUUGGGAAAAACUAUUGGUUGGAUGCCGUAUUUAUUGGAUCAAAGCCUACCGUCCCAGUCACUCCAGAAACGGGGGAAUGCUUGGACUGCAGAUAUGUCAAUGAUCAGAUACUUAGGCCUCCGUUACCUAAUGGUAAUCGCAUUGAACGUUUGGAUGUCACAAAGUCUGAUAACAUGUAUACUUUAAGUAUAACGGGAGAGGAUGUCAUUUAUAAUGCACCUUUAAUUCGCAUUAGAGGAGGAGAGGUCGAAGCUGGAGGCUAUGCACCGGGCAGUGGUGGCGCCACCUAUGGUGCAUCUGGUUGGGGAGCAGCUAAAGCAGUUGUGACUCGUGUUUCAACUGCAACCGCACCGAUAGCCGGGACAUUCGAGCUUUCAUUCAAGGGACAAACGGUCACAAUCCCAGCAAAUGCAACUGCUGAGGACUUUCAUGCUAUAUUUGAGACCAUGCCAACAUCAGGAUUAGUAAACGUUGAGCGAACAGGAACUGGCACCGCAUAUAAUUGGACUGUGACGUUCCUAACUAAUACGGGUGACCAGGAACUUAUUCAGGUUAAUGGAAAUGGACUUGUUGGUAACGAACCCAAUGUUCAGGUAAUAACAGAGAAAGAUGGAGGUGUUUUCCUCGAUCCAAUACAAGGCGAUUGGUUAAGAACUGCUCAUACUACUCCCCAGGUAUCAGUGAAGAUCAACAAUAUCCCAACAGCAUGCACCGGGGACUGUAGCUUUGAGUACUCUGAAGCUGCAACCCCAACAGUAACUGCCAGUACUCCAUCACAAGGACCAGCAAAUACAGACCUGACAAUAACUGGUACAGGGUUUCAUACUACAGCUGACCAAAAUACUGUCCUGAUUGGUGGUGCUAUAUGUGAUGUGACAUCAGCUACCUCUACCGAGAUACACUGUACAACAGGGAACGCCGCUGCUGGUUCAGCAGAUAUAAUUGUGCGUGUCAUCGGUAAAGGAAAUGCGGAACACAAUGGCGGCCCAUUCCAAUUUACAUACGAAGCAGCCGUUACGGCAUUAACACCAACGACAGGAAGUAUAGCAGGUGGAACAUUUAUUACAUUAACUAUAUCUAGUUUGCGAGAUGAUGCUUUGGUGAGCGUAGGGGGCAAUGAUUGCCCUGUAAGCACUCGAACGGCGACAACAAUAACAUGCACAACACCAACUGGGGACUCUGCAGGAGAAGUCCAAGUCGAGGUGACACAAGGAGGGGUUACACUAACAAGUCCAAUUGCAUUCAAUUAUGAUUCAAGUCUCACUGCAACUAUAACCAGUUUUUCAGCAAAUACAGGCAGUGUUACAGGUGGUGAAACAAUUGAUAUUGUUGGUACACAGUUUGGGACUGGAAAUGACCAUGUUGUGACUGUUGGCGGAGUGGAAGCCACGGUAGUGUCUUCAUCUGACACACAGAUAUCUGUAACUCUUCCUCCAUUACCACCAGGCUCUCAUCCUAUAGAUGUUACAGUUGGUACAUAUGGAUAUGCAGAUAAAAGCUCCGUUACCAAUACAGACAUAUUGGUGUCAUUCGAAGUGAAUAAUGUAAGUCCUCUGAUUGGUUCAAUGAUUGGUGGCACAGUUUUAACUUUGACUGGCCAGGGAUUUGGAAGUGCUGGGGCGAACAACAUACAAGUUGGAAGAACUAGUUGUACCAUUUUAUCCGAAACAAACUCAAAAAUAGUGUGCAAAAUUGAUGAAACUGCAACUACACAUGUGGUAACUAAUGAAGGCAUUCAUCCAGUAUUUGGUCCUGAUUAUGCAUGGUUACCUCACAACCUUGCUAUAAAAACAGGGGACAUAGUAGAAUGGCGAUGGCAUGCCCCUUCAUGGGUGUCCAACAUUGGAUUCUCCGUACAACAGACUCCUAACAUAACAGCAAAAGAGUAUGAUGGAACUGGCUUCACAAGUGGUCCCAACACAACACCCAACGGCUCAUUUCGGCAUAGGUUUAAUAGUGAAGGAGUCUAUAACUACUGGAGUAAUUACAUUGACCCAGAGGAAGAAAACUUCAUAAGAGGUGUGAUCACGGUCACUGAAAGACAAAGCCAUCUAGAAACUAUCAGGUUGACCGUUAACAACUUUGAGGCUAUCUACACACCUGGGGGAGCACCUCCUGCCCCUGGGUCAUGUCUGCCUGUUACAGCAUCAGUUAGUGGUUGUACUGAGGAAGAUGUUGUAAGCACUAACUCUGACCUGUUUGAAUUCACGUUCUCUCAAUGUAGCACCCCAAGUAUUAGCUCAAUAUCUCCAAACAGUGGCACAAGUGAAACUGAUAUCACCAUCACUGGAGAAGGAUUUGGACCAGAGAUCUGUCAGAAUGAGGUCAAAAUAGGAGCCCAGGACUGUGUAGUCAGUUCUAGUUCAGAGACUGAAAUUAUGUGUAGACUUGAUCCAAAUGGAGUGCACGAGGUGGGAACAUCGUAUCCAGUAACAGUACGUGUAAAUAACAGAGGAACAGCAAAAAAUUAUAUUGUCAUUGAUGAAAAUCGAAGUUAUACUCUUCUUCCCAUGGUGUCUAAUGUUACCCCUUAUACAGGCUCACUCUCAGGUGGUACGACGCUUACAAUAUCUGGUUCUGGUUUUACACAAGGCCACACGGGAGGCCUUACUGUUAAUAUUAAUGGAGUAACCUGUAAAGUUGAAAGUGUUUCAUACACGCAGGUUGAAUGCACAACCAUUAGCUCUGGUGCCACAACUGGACAUGAUGUGGUCGUUAACGUCGGACCGUAUGCAUCAAAAUGCGAAGGUGUAUGCGUUUUCUCAUACAGUGAAGCAGCAACUCCAACUUUUAUUGACGUCACACCUUUAGCAACGAGUAUCAGCUCAACUGAUAUCACGAUCACAGGGAGCAAAUUUGGUACUGAUAGUGUUGAUGUCACAGUCAAAAUUGGUACUCAAGACUGCUCUGUCACAUCAGUCACUGAUACCUCCAUAGCGUGUACCAUCGGUUAUAUAACUGUUGGUCCUCAGCAGGUCAACGUCAUCAUCAAAGAUAAGGGCCAAGCUUGGUAUUCAGAUCCAGUUUAUAUAAAUAGUGAAGCCGUGGUUGACACCGUAAGCCCAUCUGAAGGUAGCAUCAAUGGAGGAACAGUAUUGAAUAUUUUGGGUAAUGGCUUUGAUGCUGAAUCUACAAAAGUUACACUUGAUGGAGUUGAGUGUACACUACAGACCGUCACUCUUUCACAGAUCACGUGUACAACAGGACCACAUGUAGACGGAGCUGUUAAGGUUGCUGUCAAGUCUAACGAUAUAGACUACCCUGAGAUUGAUUUCACCUACUCUACUGGAAUUACUCCAGUGGUAACCAGCAUUGACCCAGUCACUGGGACCACGGGAGAUCAGGUUACGAUUACUGGGAAUGGAUUUUCAAAUAUAGCAAAUGAUGUUACCAUACAAUUAGGUGGAUCCCCAUGUACUAUUGUAUCAGUCACCGUAAACGCAUUGGUGUGUGACCUUGGGUUUAGUUCUGCUGGAGAGAAAGCUUUGUCAGUUCUCGUAGAUGGUGUCGGAUACGCUACUUCUGACAUUACAUUUAUUUAUACCCUGAGCUUAACAAGUGUGUCACCCUCUAGUGGAAGCUUUGGUGGUGGACAAAUUCUGACCCUCACCGGGACUGGCUUUGAUCCAAAUAAUGUAGAAGUGAUGAUAUGUGACCUGGCUUGUGCAGUUGAUGUUUCGUCGAGUACUACAACAAGCUUACUGAUAGAAACACCCACAAACAAUGGGUCUGGUACUCAGGCUUGUGAUAUUGUGGUAUCGUCGGGAACAAGUUCUGCCACACAAAGUGAUGGUUACACCUACUCAGACACUCUGACACCUGCUGUCACCGCCGUUUCUCCUGCACGUGGGGGGACUGGAGGAGGAGUGCUAAUUGAUAUCAUAGGCACAGGAUUUGGAACGACAGUAGGAGAUAUCUCAGUUACUAUUGCUGGCUCAGCAUGCACUGUGUCUACAGUGACAGAUAAUCUUGUCCAGUGUACUACCAGUGAACAUUCCCCAGCUGUGAAGGCAAAGGUCCGUGUUGUGGUUGGAACUAAUGGAAUAGCAACUCAGGACGGGGCAGACUUCUGGUAUAUUGAUGUUUAUUCCUCUAACUUCACAUGGGGUGGGUUACCUCCACCAGUUGCAGGGGAUUUUGUGGUGGUGCCAAAGGAACAGGUUCUGUUGGUAGAUAUUGAUACACCAAUCUUAGCCUUCCUUCUUAUUCAAGGUGGACAUGUAAUGUUUGACGACGAGCGAGAUAUUCACCUUCAAGCAGAAAAUAUCCUUAUAACCGAUGGUGGGAGGUUUUCGAUUGGGACUGAGAGCGCCCCCUAUCAACAUGAUGCCGUUAUAACAUUGCAUGGUCACUUACGGUCGCCUGAGUUACCCAUUUAUGGAGCCAAGACAAUUGGUGUCAGGAAUGGAACGUUGGAAUUUUAUGGUCGACCUAAGGUGAAUACCUGGACCCAUCUAGCUUCUACUGGGGCAGCCGGUAGCACAACGAUCACAGUACAAGACAACAUCCAAGACUGGGACAUUGGAGAUGAAAUUGUCAUAGCAACCACAGGCAAUCGAAAUUCCCAAAAGGAGACUGAGAAAAAAGUCAUUGUUUCUAUAUCUGGGAACACCAUUACUUUAGAUUCGCCACUUGAGUAUGAACAUUUGGGAGUAACCGAAACAUUUGAGGAUGGUACCACUCAGCUAGAUCUCCGUGCCGAGGUUGGUUUACUGACACGUAAUGUUAAAGUGAAAGGAUCGAAACAUAUGGAUUGGAGCAAACCAAUACCCGCUUGCAAGGAUGGCUUUAAUUUAGGCGAAUUUGCUACACAGACCUGCUUUCAGGGGCGAUUUGGGGAAGAGAUGGGAAGCGACGAAUUUGGAGCUCAAAUAAUGAUACAUGCACCAGCCAAGGAUUUGAAUAUUGCCCACGCUCAUCUCUCUUAUGUAGAAAUAACCCAUGCUGGACAAGCCUUCAGAUUAGGCCGAUACCCUGUCCAUUUUCACUUGAACGGGGAGCAAAGCGGAUCGUAUGUGAAAGGGUGCGCCAUACACGAGACAUUUAACAGAGCAAUAAAUAUCCACGGCACAAACAAUGUACAUCUAGAGAAGAAUGUCAUUUAUAACAUAAAGGGUGGGGCUGUAUUCCUAGAAGAUGGUAUAGAGACUGGAAACUUAAUUGAGAACAAUUUAGUUGUAUUUUGUAGACAGAGUACGAGUUUACUCAAUGAUGACAACACUCCAGCUGCAUUUUGGGUCACAAACCCUAACAAUACAUACAUAGGUAAUACUGCUGCUGGUGGCACACACGUUGGAUUUUGGUACAGAAUGCACAAACACCCUGAUGGUCCCUCCUACGAUGAAUCAGUAUGUCCCCAGCAUGCCCCUCUGGGUAUAUUCCGAGGCAAUAAGGCUCAUUCCGUGGGGUGGAAUGGACUUUGGAUAUUCCAAGAAUAUUACCCUACAGUUGACGGAGCAUGUGAUUCUACACAAUCGCAAGCUGCAAUAUUCCGCGAUUUCACUGCGUGGAAUUGUAAAAAGGGGGCAGAAGCAGCGAGUGUUGGUGCAGUGCAAUUUGAUAAUUUCUUAAUGGUUAACCAUUUAGAAUCAGGAAUUGAAUACAAAUUAUUAAACAAAAAUCCUAUAAAUUCACAGAACGGAGCUCGUGUGACAAACAGCGUUAUAAUUGGAUCUUCAUCCUUCUAUGCACUUGGUAAAACCUGCUCAGAUAGGGGAAUUACUUUACCAUUCAGUAAAGGCUUUGUGGUUGAAAAUGCAAAGUUUAUAAACUUUGAAGCUGAAUGUUCGGCAUUGGAUGUAACAAAAGUCGCUGGUGUGUGCUCGUUUGGAUGUGGGGGCUAUGAGUAUUUGACAUCAGGCCUAACCUUCCAUAAUACUCCAAAUAAGAACAAGGUGAAUUUUGAGUGGGAGCAUGUUGCAGUCAUACAUGACCUCGAUGGAAGCUUGACUGGUCAACAACCGGGUAGUCGGUUGACAACAACAACGGGUCUCCUACCACGUGAUCAAUGCCUAACAACUGAUAUAGGUCUCGGAGUUGGAGCGAGUGUGUGUAACCCAGCCACUAAAUUCAUACGCUUUGCUUUCAAUCGACCCUCUCCGAUAUCUUUAGAAGCUAAGGAUGUAAAAAUCACAAAUGAGUAUGGCUCUACGACAAUACCUUAUCUUAAGAAAAGACUGACGCAUAAGUUUGGAUGGAUGACGACACUAGCGUCAGGAUAUACUUACAACAUCGAGUUCUUAGACGUAACGCAAGUCACCAAUAUAAGUUAUGCCGGAAGAUUUUCUGGACUUGAAAAUGAUGAGUAUGUUAUUAUCCGCCAUCACUUCACUCAGGCCCCUCAGACGUUCAAAGUCGGUCCUUCACGGACACUUACAGAGGGAACACCUGACGAACUAACCUAUGAGGACAAUGUGGUGUAUGAUCAUCACUUCAAUGCCACUAACAAUGAUUUUACCUAUCUUGUAUCUGGUAAGACGGACUCACCGGGGCCUGAGAAUUACGGCAGUGAUUAUGAUGUUAGCCUGAAGGUAUCCAGAUGCCAGACUUCGUCAUGUGUUGGUACACUGGUUGCUAACAAUGACCCUCCAGCUACUGAACGACCAGAGGUAUUCCAACUGUGGUCAGAUGUGGCCUAUUGGGCAGAUGCAUCGGACAGUUCUACACCAGAGUUACCCAGCGAUGACACUGAUGUAGUGGUUAAACCAGACACAUGGCUUGUGGCAGAUGUGCCUCUUCCAAAGAUCAACAAACUUUAUAUCUAUGGAACCCUUGAAUUGGAUCCAAGUCUUGAUUUUGAUAUCCAUGCUGAUCUCAUAUUCAUAACUGGAAGACUCAUCGUUGGAUGGCCUGAUGAACCGUUCCCUAGGUUGUGUACUAUAACGUUACAUGGUAAUCAUAACACAGAAAACUUCUACCAGGGAGCGCAGUGGUACAAUGGGCCAAAUAUAGGCAGUAAAGCUAUAGGCGUAUUUGGAGGUCUUGACUUACAUGGCUUGACACAAGAAACAUCUUGGACUACCUUAGCAGACACAGGUAGACAGGGGGAUAACACAAUUACUCUUGCAACAGCAGUUGAUUGGGCAGUCCAAAAUGACAUUGUCAUUGCAUCAACAGGAUACAAUGCAUGGGAGACUGAAACAUUCAGAAUAGUUGGGAUAUCGGAUGAUGGACUGACGUUAACAUUGAAUGAUACGCUCACGUAUACACACAGAGGAGUUGCAGAAACGUAUGGCUCAUAUGAAGUCACCAUGGCAGCAGAGGUUGGACUAUUGAAUCGUAAUAUCAAGAUUAUUGGAGCAGAGUAUGAAAAUAUAGAAGAUGAAUCGUUUGGGGCUAGAGUGCUCGUUGGUACAUUUAACAAGGAGUCGCAGGCAUUUACUGGUUAUGCCAGACUUAACAAUGUUGAAUUCAUCCGCACUGGUCAGGAAGGUUGGACAGAGGCUUAUGAUCCACGGUUCUCUCUUGCCUUUUUGAACACUGGUGAAGUAUCACCCAAUAGGCCAAGUUUUGUGAACAGUUGCACUUUCCACCAUGGCUUUUCUUCGGCUAUUGGUGUUUUUGGAACUGACGGACUGGUGGUGAGUGAUAAUGUAAUCUACCACACAGUCGGGGCAGGCAUGAAAAUAGGAGAUAGUUUUGGUAAUGAACUGCGCGGAAACUUCUUGGCCUUACUCAUAUGGCCAGGGUCAUAUCAAGAGCGCUACGAACCUUUCAACUUUAUUUGGGAUGGUAGCAUUGAGGUUUUCCAAAGCCAAGAUGUUAUUCUCGAGGGAAACCAUGUGACCGGAUCAGAAAGAGUUGGAUUCCAUAUCAAAGGAGAAGAAUGUACAGGAGGCAAUGCAUCCUGGUCGGGUAAUGUGGCACAUUCGAGUCUCAUCGGUGUUUACAUGAAUGGCGAGCGCCUAUCUAAAACUUUGAAGGAAUGUGUCAAGGUCUCCGGCUUUUCAUCUUGGAUGAACUACGACUAUGGUGUAUACAUCCAACAAGAUGCAGUGGAGGUCAGAAUAUCUGAUUUGCAACUAAUUGACAACACUUUGGGUCUCUUUAUGAUGAACGUAAACCCAUCGUCACUCUCGCAUAUCGCUGUUGACAAAAAGUUCCACUUCACAAAUUCUCUCAUCGUUGGGACAAGUGCUGCAUCUGACUGCGAUGUAUCUGUUAACUCGGAUAAUGCAAAUAUACGAUUGAGUAGCUUAGCUAGAACAAGCAAUACUCCAACUGGAGGACGCGUGGGACAUGUCUGGCCAACUUUUGCUUCAGGGCAUAACAGAGCCCCUGAAAAAAAAUUUAAUGGCCUAAUUACGUAUCCAGCUUUGUAUGGAGAGGCUAUUAUCGACGGUAUCACAUAUGCCAAUUUUGGAGUGAAUAAGUGUGGUACAAGAGAUGUUGCCAUCAUGACUAAUGAAAAUAAUCCAGACGCCAUGCAUCCCAUUACGAUUUCCAAUACUGAGCGCAUUAAUGUGGACGAUGACAGCUUAGUGUACAUACAAAGGCCAUCACUUGAUCAUAUUGAUCCAACAAACUGCGUUGACAUGGAAUGUGAUGCAAAGAAAAAGUGCCUUAUCAGAGAUGUCGAUGGAACCUUCCUAGGCAGUACUAGUGGCACAGUAAUACCAAGGUCCGAGUUUGCAUGGGACAAGGAACCAGAACGUGGUAUUGGAAACUACCGUAUCCCAAAGGUUGCGCUGACUGACCUACAAGGCUCGAGGUUAGCUGUGGAAGACGUUUUCCCAUCCAAAGGAAUCAUCAGGGACUCUUCUUGCGUAUAUAACCCGGUAUGGCAGGCCUAUGAAUGCCACGGCUUGGAUCAUAAGAUGAUGGUCAUAGAGAGCCUUGACCGCGACACUGAACUCCGACGUCUCUCCCCUGUGGCCAUUAUAGGCGACCGACAUAUUGAUCUCAUAAAUGGACCCGAAGAUCAUGGCUGGUGCUUUGGCUAUACAUGUCAGAAAAGGAUCUCAACAUUCUAUUCAAUUGUAGCAUCUGGUAAACAUUUUGAUGUGUAUUUCACCGGCACUUCCCCUCAGAACCUACGACUCCAUCUAUUGAAUGCUUAUGACAACGAAGCCGUUCGAUUGUCAAUAUACUACAAGGUCCCUUACCGACUAGAUGUCUAUGUCGACGGAACGUACAGGCCCCCACUUAACAAGGAUGUCAAUGCCGAUGGCGAUGAGAUUCUGAAAGCUCCGACAUACGAAGGCGAGUUCUACCCUGAUAUAUCUGAUGGCGAAGCAGGAGAUAACUUUGUAAAUCGGGAGUGGCGGCAAUUGUAUGUCCUAAUUCGCGGUAACACCCCAGUUACAAUCAGACAAGCACCAGUUUUGAGAGUGACAUUCAAUGCACCUGCUCAAUCGAUUGAUGAUUUCUUCAAAACGAAUCUGAUAAGUAACCUUGUGCAACUACUUGGGAUUGACCCUUCGAAGAUCAGAAUAAUGAACGUAGUGAGUGCAUCAUCAAGACGCAAGAGAAUGGUAAACGUCCGUAAAAGGGACACUGAGUAUGAUUUGAUCACUUUAGAAAUAGGCACUGAACCAACUGAGGAUGCAGAUGAAACAAACACUGAAAAUGAUUCUGAUGAAAUCGCUAGCGCUGCAGCAAAGCUCAUUGACUGUACUCAGUUAGGAACACUCGAAAAUGAGCUAGGCAUUUCCAUUGACGAUGUUAUCAUUUAUGAACCGGUCCCAAAUGUUAAUGACUCUAGUUGGCAGGAAUUUGAGUCAAAUGAAGUGGCGGGAACUGGAGUAUAUUAUGUUCAGGCGGAUGCCAUGCAUAUUGCAACCUCACCCGAGCCUCGUUACGAAAGCGUACCUUUCAUUACGCAGCCAGAGUUCCAAAUGCUCAGCCCCAUUGGAGAAGUGCUGCCAGUUGUAGGUUCAUACCAAAUACCUUGGCAGGUUACAGCCACGCUCGUCUUAACAGACACAUCCGAUGAGCGCGCGACUCUCGUUGGCAUGACAACUGCAUCAUUCCUCAAUGGAAAAGCAACAUUUGAUGACAUCGGUGUAUCGCAUAGUGGAACAUACAAAAUUUACUAUGAGAUCACCUACCCAACUGGAGCAGCCCAUCUAAACUAUAUGUCUGAAGAAUUCUAUGUACCACUCCAACCAAUAGAUGCUAGGGUAAAUGUAACAGGAGAAGUAUUGUCCGGGAAUGACAUGGAAGUCAGCGUUGAACUCAUUGAUGGCUUCACUAUGCUUAAACAUGGAGAAAUCGAUUGGAAGGGACACACGUGGAGUGCUACCGUGACACUUCUUAACUCCGAUGAAGUUUUUGGAACACUCGUUGUCACUGAUCCUCUUGCAACAUUUGAUGUUAAUUCUGGAAUUGCGGUUAUUAGUGGACGAAUAAUUGACGUUGAAGAACCAACGAGGGUAUUCCUUGAUAUCCAUGUUAUAUCCGAACCCUCUGAUUAUGACUUCACCGUCAUUUCUCCCCAUGUUGAUGUCAUGCCUGUCGGUUAUCAACCCAUCUCAGAAGACACAAGGAAGAAGAUUAAACUGCUCUUUGAUGCGGAUUAUGAUUCUAUUGUUGCUGGAAGAGAAGAGUUAUUUAUCGCUACUGUGUACAAUCAUUUCAUGCCAAAGUACUAUGAGAAAACAAGUUUAACCGGAUGGACUACCAGAAAAGGAAGCAUCAUUGUUGAGUUCAAUGCACAAGGAACUGAGGAUGACAUCACUAGUGUUCUCUAUGACAUAUAUGAUGAGGUUGACUCUGGUUUGGAGAUAUCAUUCAAUGGCUCGUUCAUUGAGGCAAGACGUGAAAUGUUUGUUGAUGGAGUAGAGUAUUACGGCAGAAGUGGAUCUCAGGUUGCCACGAGUGCCCUGUCUACUGAUGAACUGAUUGGAGUAAUAACUGCAUGUGUGUUAAGUCUCGCUGUUGUUGUCAUUGUGGUUGUUAUUCUCGUCAUGAAGAAUAAAGCUAAAGAUUCCAAAAUCACUCCCAGAGGAGACCAUGGUGAUAUGUUUCCAAGUAUGUGUAGACAACCCAGCACAAUUACUAUUCUCGAUUCCAAGUUUGUGGAUUCCAAGGCUGGCUGUAGGAAGGAACAGCAUGGUGAUUUCACAAGUGAAGGACAGCAUGGUGAUUUCACAAGUGAAGGACAACAGGAUGAUUUCACAAGUAUUGGGAGACAACCUAGCGUAGUUUCCAUUCACCAUAAAUAAGCGGAAUAUAAAUGGAAUACAAACCCACUUCAAGAUAUAAGCCAUUCUUUAUGGUAUUGUCUUGAAUAAAUCUGAAAUAACAGCGCUUUAUUAGAAGAAACGAAAUACCAAUUAAUUCAUAAUAUUAAUGCAUUAAUUACAAUGAUAUAUAGCCUGAGCCUAGACAUAACGAUGUACAUCUAUAUACAAGUUUUGCUAUCCUUAAUAUAUUUUUCGGCGAUAAAAGUUAUGCUAUCAAGUAGUAUUUCAAACAACAGCUUGACUGCUUUUAAAAGUUCGUGAAAUGAUUAGAUAUCCUUAUCAUAUACUUCGGGUGGGCCUCUAUGGGACACUUUUUGGUGUCUGUGCCAUUCCAAUUGUUCAUAGAGUAGUUAGAAGAUACAUAUCCCAGAAAUAGUU